UAACAAAAUUUGGUGAAAUAAUACUCAAAUACAUAUUGACAAAUAAGAAAACGACACCUGGAACAAUAUUCCAGUUCUCUCUGUCUCUCUUUCUCUGUGUCGCAAUCUCUCUCUUCUCUCUCUCUCUCUCUCGGUCACGCACUCACGGACAGCUUCGCCCAAAAUCUUCAGGCUAAUCCAGAUGCUCGGAUUGUAUCGUCACCACCAUUACCAUUUUUACCAUCACUGCCAUUUCAAAUUCCCCAUUCUGUCAAUCGUUUUCCACUGAUUUUUUUAUAUUUUGUUUUUAACCUUCUGUUCCUCCGCCGUGGUUUGUCACCACGCGCCGUCACGCACCUUGGAUUGCCGUCGCAACCGCUGUCACCAACACCGUCAGACGACUAACGAAUCUAUGUAUAGCAAAAUUCGGAUCCUAGGGUUUCUCUGUUCUGGAUCGAUCCUCGGCGCCGGAUAAAUGUUAGUCCCUGGAAUUGUAGGGCCUUAUGGUCUAUUAGUUGGGUCAUUCUUGGUUGUUUUUCUUGUAAUUCGUCGAAAGUGGAGGAAUGCUGUGGCUAAGAAGGAGGAGAUUAUGAGAUUGGUGGCAAUGGCUUCGGACGAGGCUGCCAUGGCGGAGGUCGAAGCUACCUCUUUAUAUGCUUCUGUACCUCUCCCUCCUCGGCCUUUUCAAUGCGCUAUAUGUUAUUUCCCCACCACCAUGCGGUGCUCUCAGUGCAAGGCUGUGAGAUACUGUUCUGGUAAGUGUCAAAUCAUUCACUGGAGACGAGGUCAUAAGGAUGAAUGUCAAUCUUCAAUUGCCAUGCAGUUUGAAGAGAGGAGUGACUUCAGUGGUGGAGCAGACUCCCAAUAUAGUAAUGAUUUUGAGAUAGAAAAUGAAUCUAGCAUUUUGGUGAUAGGUGACGAUGCUAAAGUUAAGCCUUGUGGUGAUGGUUCAUCUAAUAGUUCUGGCAUUUCUGAUAGAUCAAAGAAACCUCUUCUUGAUGGUAGCUCUCCUGAUCUGCUUGAAACUAUGGCCAGCAUCAAUGAGACGGGAGUGCAGUUUGAAUGUCAACCUUCAAUUGUCACAGUGCCGUUUGAAGAGAGAAGAGACUUCGGUGGUGAAGUUAAGUCCCGAUAUAGUAAUAAUUUUGAGAUAGAAAAUAAAUCUAAAAAUUUGGUGAUAGAUUAUGAUGCUAAAGUUAAGCCUUAUGGUAAUGGUUUGUCCAAUGGUUCUGGCCCUUCAGACAGAUCAAAGAGACCUCUUCUUAGUGGUAGCGCUCCUGAUCUGCUUGGGACUGUGGCCAGCAUCAAUGAGACCAGAGUAAGAAUAUUACCAACCAAAGAGUGUGCUAGAUUAGUGGAGCCUGUUGAUUCUAUAUCCUGCUCAAAUAAAUUAAAAAACCUGGAACCCAGUCAUAGUGAUGAGAAGAUCAAGUCUACAUCGCAGUUUAUCAAAGCCAAGACAGUCAAACCUGAUGAUGUCCAGUCUGUAAAUUUAGGCAGUAAGAAGGUGGCCAAAGGAACUGGUCCAGCUGAAAAGUUGACUACAGAUGCUGCUAAGCCAAGGAACUCUUCAUCUAAUGAUGGGAGGGAUAGUUCAAGGCUAUUUGACUGUAAAGAGAAUAGAUCUUUCUCAGAUAGUGCUUCUGGUGAUCAGCCAUCUUCAACUAUUGGUGGACAUUUUGCUUCCACUUCCAAAUCUGCGAAAAGUGAUGGUUAUCAUGCCUUGCCGGCUAAAAUUGGCAGUAGCGCUAGCUUGGCACAAAAUGGCUUAAAAACAUCCAUGCGGAAAGUUGUACAACAGUUUAGAGCCUCUAAACAAUUGAAAGGCAAUAUGACAGGUCAUGAAAAUGAGAUUGCUGGAAGAUAUAAGGUAAUUUUUCCGUAUGAGCUGUUCAUAAAACUGUUCUCUAAUGAAAAGAUGGUUCUUUGGCCAUUUGGUCUAACAAAUUGUGGGAACAGCUGUUAUGCUAAUGCUGUGCUCCAGUGUUUGGCAUUCACUAGACCUCUUACUUCUUAUUUUCUUCAAGGGCUCCACUCCAAAACCUGUCGAAAGGAGGAGUGGUGUUUUAUCUGUGAGUUUGAACAUCUUAUCCUAAAGGCAAGGGAAGGAAAGUCUCCACUAUCCCCAAUUAGGAUAUUAUCCAAAAUACAUAAAAUUGGAGGUCAUCUUGGUCAUGGUAGGGAAGAAGAUGCCCAUGAAUUUUUAAGGUAUGCUGUUGAUACAAUGCAAUCUGUUUUCCUUGACGAAGCUGGUGCUAAGGGUCCUUCAGCAGAAGAAACAACCCUUGUAGGCAUGACUUUUGGAGGUUAUCUAGGAUCAAAGAUAAAGUGCCUGAAGUGCCUUGGCAAAUCUGAGCGAUGUGAACAGAUGAUGGACCUUACUGUUGAAAUAGAUGGAGAAAUUGGAACUCUUGAAGAGGCUCUUGCACAAUUUACAGCUAGUGAAGUUUUGGAUCGGGAUAACAAGUACUACUGCUGCAGAUGCAAAUCUUAUCAAAAAGCCAAAAAGAAGUUGACAGUACUGGAGGCACCUAAUAUACUUACAAUUGUGCUGAAGCGAUUUCAGUCUGGUAACUUUGAGAAGCUGAAUAAGUCAGUUCGGUUCCCUGAGGUUCUCAACAUGGCUUCAUAUAUGAAUGUAACUAGUGAUAAAUCUGCAGUGUAUAAUCUUUAUGCUGUGGUGGUGCACUUGGAUAUCAUGAAUGCAACGUUUUCGGGUCAUUAUGUUUGCUAUGUAAAGAAUAUUCAGGGGAAGUGGUUCAAGAUUGAUGAUAGCACGGUAGAAUCAGUGGAAUUGGAGAGAGUCUUAUUGGAAAGGGCAUACAUGCUUUUUUAUGCAAGGCACUCUCCUCGUCCCCCGGCAUUGCGAGGUAGCAAUAUGGCUCCUCUUGUUGGGAAGCUUAAGAGAAGGAAUUUGGAAGCAGUUCCAUCCAGUCUUUCAAAACCCAAGUCAAAAUCUAGCACAGAUUCUUCUGCACUUCAACAGAAGCUCAGUAGACACUCUUAUUCGAUGACUAUGAAUGGUCCUGCUGGUGACUCAUCAUUAGAUCCAUAUGAUUGGAGAUUAAACUCAAUGUACAAAGUUCCUUUUGCGGAUUCAUCAUCAAGCGAGAGUUCAUCCCUUUUAAGCAGCUCGGAUGCAAGUUCUUGCAGCAAUGUGAGCUCCAAGGACUCGGCCAGCACAGAUGACUUCACCGACUAUAUAUUUGGUGAAGUAGGAACCAACUGGUACAGUAGAUAUGGUCAUUCAAACUUCAAUUCAGAUUUAAAAGGAGAGAAUGAUGCCUGGAGGAGGCUGCAACACCGGGAGAGCAUAAGCUGCUCCAGAGAGGAUUUAGAAGGGGAAGGAAGCUUGUCAAUUUUGUAUACUGACCCAAGUAAAAGCCGUAGGAAGUCAACCAGCUACAUUGAGAGGUGUAGCAGUAGAGAAAAUGAUUUGGAGCAAGAUUUUUGGGGUAACCCAUUUGAUGUAAAGUAUGGUGUACCAUUUAGAAGAUGAAACGGAGAAAGAUCAUCUCAAACAUUUUAUUGAGGUUUGAGCUGAUUUGGUUGUAGGUUUAUAUAUUUAAUCAUAUAAUGAAUGAAAUCUGUCAAAUAUAUAUAUAUAUAUAUAUAUGUAUUUAUUUU